AUGAUCAUCCCUCGUGAUGAUGGAUCAUCCGUCGAGUCGCCCUCCUCCAGUCGGGAUCAGAUCAUCAUCGGCGUGGUGAUGGGGAGUGUGGUUGUUCUUUUGAUCCUCCUCAUCCUCCUCCUCAUCCACGCCAAAAAGAAAAGCGUCGCCCGUCGUCGCCGUCGCCUUGAGGAACGUCUCCUGCAGCAACAGCAGCAACAGCAACAGCAACAGCACCACCUCUCCCUCACCAUGAGCAUGGGCAUGGGGUACUACCCCGGCCCCAGUCCCGGCUUCCCCAGCCCCGGCUUCGGCUUGGGCUUCGUUCCCCAUGGCUCAGAGGGACAGGGACAGGGUCUGGGUCUGGGUCUGGGUCUGAAGCCACUUCCUACCCCGGAGUAUUAUCCUCAGGGUGAGGGGCAGGGUUAUCAACUUCAAUCUCAUUCUCGUCAUCAGCCUCAGCCCGUGGAAUCCGUUCAACCCGCAGAACCUCUCUCCGCCCAAUCGACCUCCUCCGCCGAGCAACGAGCCCUCAACGACCCCCCGCCGGCGUACCAUCCCACGCCUGCCCCCGCCCCGCCCCUCCCGCCGUACAACCCCUCCCGGUAUCUCGGCGUGGAUCAGAUGGUCGGCAUUGCGGUGCCGUAUCCCGGGGUGAGGGCGAGUUUGUAUCGCUUUGAGGAGGGGGGGAGUGGAUAUGGGCAUGCGAUCAGUGCGGGGCAGGGUCAGAGUCUGGGUCUGGGCCAGCACGAGGGAGUGAGGAGGGUGCCUGAGAGGGAUGAGAGGCGAUCCCCCUCCGGCUGCCUGAGACCUCUCCUCUCAAUGGCUCGGCUCGCUCAAUGGCCGCGUAUCCCCGAGGCGCUCCCCACCCAGGAAAUCCCCCCCUCCCUCUCCCCCCCCGUGAGGGAGGGUGAACCAUUCUGUCGGGUCGACGAUGUGUCGCCCACGGUCUACCCGUACGACCGUCUCUGGAUCGAGUCGCGCGCCCAUGCCCCUCGCAGCCUCGCCCUGCGCUGA